GAUUGCUCUACAGAAGAUCUUGCUUCUACUGACUGUGUCCAUGGCUCCUUGUAUCUCAAUGUUCUUAGUAACUGUCGUUUUAUGUGCUCGCUCAAUCGCUGCUGAUCUCUCCCCAAACUACUACUCAUCGACGUGUCCGAAAGCCCUUGAUACUGUCCAGGCUGCAGUGGUAGCCGCUGUUAAGAAGGAAACUCGGAUGGGUGCCUCGUUGCUUCGUUUGCAUUUCCAUGAUUGCUUUGUAAAUGGUUGUGAUGGUUCGAUACUCUUGGACGACAAUUUGACUUUCACGGGUGAGAAAACUGCCAUUCCGAAUGUAAACUCCGUUCGUGGUUUCGAUGUGGUCGACGACAUCAAAUCUAAAGUAGAGAAGGUGUGCCUGGGAGUAGUCUCGUGUGCUGAUAUUCUGGCUCUAGCUGCUCGUGAUUCGGUUGUUAUGUUGGGUGGGCCAUCAUGGGAGGUGCCUCUAGGAAGAAGAGAUUCAACCACUGCCAAUAGAAGUACAGCCAAUACUAAUAUCCCACCACCCACUUCAAAUCUAAGCACCCUUAUAACUAGCUUUUCAAAUAAGGGGCUCUCCGUAAACGACCUAGUGGCUCUUUCAGGGUCACAUACCAUAGGGCUAGCACGGUGCACAUCGUUCCGGUCUCGAAUCUACAACGACUCGAACAUAGAUGCCACCUUUGCUGACAAGUUGCAAACCAAGUGCCCAAUGGUUGGGCGAAACAACACACUUGCCUGCCUAGACGUAGCUACGCCUAAGGUUUUUGACAAUUGCUAUUUUCGCAAUCUACUGAGUGAAAAGGGGCUUCUACACUCGGAUCAGGAGCUCAUGAAUAAAAGCUCAACUAGCUCACGUGUGAACAAGUAUGUGAGUGAACCCUCAGCCUUCUUCAAGGACUUUGCAAAGGCAAUGGUUAAGAUGGGGAAAAUUAAGCCUCUCAUUGGGAACGAAGGACAGAUCAGACUCAAUUGUAGAAAGGUCAAUUAAGAUUUGCUACUAUUUACACAAUAGAUUUCUAAGGUAGUUAUCAAGCACUUAAUCCCUUGUCCAUGUCGCACACAUGUAGGAGAACCGGAUCGCUCAUCAGUUGGGCCCUACCAUGGACAUGGCCCAUUUGGGUUCGAUGUGUGACUUUUGUCCAUUGAAAGUUGACCAUCUGUUCCACUUAUUCUCUUAGCUAGCCAAUUGUAAUCCUGAACGCUUGGAUUACUGUACCGAUGUGAUUUUCGGGUAACAAUGCAUCCAUGGUAAAGAUCAACAGAUGAAUUGUCCUGAUACAUUACGUGUUUGCAAUGAGCAUGGUAACUGAGUGCUUGAUAAGAAGUGUGGAAAAUAUUUGUGUGUGUCAUUGGUGCUUUUGACAAUAAACAAUUAAGAAAUGGAUGUACGCCGAAAAAGAUUGUGUGCUCACAGGUUUCAACAUCGUUCAAGGAUCGCUGGGGGAAUCCUAACAUGAUUCGAAAUGAGACAUGAGAAUCUCAUACGAAAAUGUUUUGGGACUCCUUCCCACCCUCUGUUGAUGGUGAAGGUCUGGGGGCUUUAAUUUAUACAUAAAAGUUUUAGUAUACACAGUGAGAAUUAUACAUAUUUGGCGUUCAUGUGGUGCACGUUUCGCACAUUCAUCGUGCAUUGAAUUAAAGAAUGAUGAUUUUUCCA